GUAUAAAUCAACCCUAUACAAACGGAUAUAUUUUUUCGUUGGUAUAGAUUGAUGUAUACUGACUACUUAAGUUUUCCGUUGGUAUAUAUGGAUAUGAGACGAGGUAUGCAAGGUGCAUCUUUUUCUAGACAACAGGUUGAUCUAGAGGGAAAAGGACAGAGGCCACUUUGUCCUCUUAUUCAGGGGCCUCGUAGGGAGCAACCCAUUAUUACUCAGCCACCAUUGGACGAUGACCAGUACACUGAUGAUGAUGCAACAAUGGAGGAGGACACUAAAGAGCGUAAUUUGGAGGCUGAGUUGGAUGCUGAGUUUGCUAUGCUUGAUCCUGAGUUAGAUGCUCAGCUAGAGGAGAAGCUAUCACGUGCUGUCCCGAAGACAAGACGUGGCAUGGAUAAAGGAGAUGAUGCUCCUGCAGACCCAAGUCAAAGGAAGGUGCUUAGCCUUAAUCGCCAAGGCACAUUCAGCCAUGAGAGGUUUGGGAGGACUACCACAGUAAUUUGGAAGUACUUGUAUGAUGAGCUAGUGCUUUUUUGGUCUAGCUGGCCUGAGAAAAAGAAGAUGGUUGCUUGGGAGAAUUUCCAGGCAGUUAAAAGAGGAGGAGUUAGGCCGACACCUUUAAAAUCGUACUUGUUGACUCACACGACUCGCCUACCUGAUGCUCCAGAAGAUGCCCCACCCACUUGGAUAUGUCCACAGGCUGAGCAAACAUAUAAUGAUGCUCACAAAAAUAUGUGGACAAGCAUGGGUCAAACAAGGAUUCAUGGCCAGAAUGGGAUCCACUUAUCUAGAAGGAGGUGGUUGGACCUCCUAAAAAGGGUCAAACGAGAGAGAUGUCUACAUUACAGGAUCCAACAGAGCAUGGCAUCCCUUGGUGACGAGAGGUAUCACAGAGAGUAUCAUAGAUGGAGGCCAGCUUUGAGAGGAGAUUCCAAGAGCACAUGCGCUUACUUAGCCAGCAAUAUUCUAUGAAUGCUACACAACCCCAGACUGCUGGUCCUUCUUUUGGAGGAUUUAAACCUGAUCACUUAGCACCUCCUACUUAGAGACAUUGAUAUUUAAAACUUAUAUUAUAUAUGUUUAUAUAUAUGUAUUGCAUAUGUAUAUAUAUGGUGUGUAGGAUGAGAAGUUAGUAUAUAUUUAUUAACUUAAACUAGUUUUUAGUUAUGUAGUAUUUGAGUUUAAAUAAGUAAAAUAUAUAGUAUUAAUAAAAUUUAACAAUCCUA